UGCUAAAAAUCAUGUCCAACUGGGUGCAAUACAAAUGUUCUUCCUAGCCAUUUUUUUUCUUUUUUUUUUCCUUUGAAACAAAACAAGUACAGCCUGGAUGGGUUAUUCUGCAGCAUUUGUAUCGUUACCUCUGUUUUAUAAGCAAUCAGAGUUAUUUGCUUCUUCUUCUUUCUUUUAAUUAACAGCCCUGUUUUUCGAUACAAGGGAAGCUUUUAUAAAUGGAUAUGCAUUUUUCUGAGUUUCUAUCACUUGGGUUCAGUGCUUGUUCUCUCUCCUUUCCCAUCUCUGGAAUAUGCCAAUUUUUCUGAACUCUGAUGAUGGAUUGCUUAUUGUCGCUGUUACUUGGAAAUGCUUGUUUUCAUGCCCCCAAAUCUAUUCUUGUCAUUGGGAUUUAGUCUUUUUCAGUUGUUGAAGACUAAUUGCUGGAUCGGAGAAAUGUUUUCUUGAUAAAUGAGAUAUAUUUUUGACACCUUCAUCAACUUUAACUUUCUUCUGGGUUCAUCUGCAGAUGAUAUGAAUUUAAAAUAUUGGCCAAACAAGUGGUGUUAUAAUUCAUAUCUGGUUUUCAUUUUUGAUCUGUAUGCUGUUCUUCAUACCUUUCUAACUCUGUUCCUCGCACUUUCAGAUUCAUUUGUCCAAAUUUUCAGCAUUGGAAUGGGAAUUAACUAUGGACAGAUAGCGAACAAUCUCCCAUCUCCCUCUCGUGUUGCCAUCCUCCUUGGAUCUCUCAACAUCAGUAGAGUGAAACUCUACGAUGCCGAUCCAAAUGUCCUGCUUGCCUUCUCCAACUCGAAUGUUGAUUUCAUUGUUGGGCUAGGAAAUGAGUAUCUCCAAAGCAUGACGGAUCCCAUUAAAGCUCAGAUUUGGAUUGAACAGCAUCUGUUACCCCACCUUACUCGAACCAAGAUCAAUUCCAUCCUUGUGGGAAAUGAGGUUUUCAGCAGCAAUGACUCUCAUUUAUUCUCUUAUCUCCUCCCAGCAAUGCAAACAGUAUAUCGUGUUCUUGUCAAUCUUGAACUAGAUAAGCAAGUUGCUGUCACAACUGCUCAUUCUCUUACCAUUUUAGGAAACUCCUACCCUCCUUCAGCUGGAACUUUUAGGGAAGAUCUUGCUCAAUAUAUCCAACCCCUUUUGAAAUUUCAUUCUGAGAUCAAUUCUCCGUUCUUGAUAAAUGCAUAUCCAUAUUUUGCAUACAAGGAUAACCCAGAUCAGGUAUCCUUAGAGUAUGUGCUGUUUCAGCCCAACCAAGGGAUGAUUGAUCCUAACACGAAUCUGCACUAUGAUAACAUGUUGUAUGCUCAAAUUGAUGCUGUCUAUUCGGCAAUGAAAGCAAUGGGGCAUACGGAUAUUGAGGUUAGAGUUUCGGAGACCGGUUGGCCAUCUAAGGGGGAUGCUAACGAGGCAGGAGCUACACCACAGAACGCAGGAUUAUACAAUGGUAACUUGCUGCAGAGAAUAGCACAGAGGCAAGGUACUCCAGCAAAACCGUCAACUCCGAUUGAUGUACACGUUUUUGCUCUUUUUAAUGAGAACUUAAAGCCUGGACCGGCGUCAGAGAGGAACUAUGGCCUCUACUAUCCUGAUGGUACACCAGUUUACAACAUCGGAUUGCAGGGCUAUCUCCCAGAGUUUAUCUCAGCAUCUGAUAAGAAUGCUUUGUCUAUCUUCAGCUCUCUGGUCUUCCUCAUUGCAUGCUUCAUCUGUGCGUAAGCACUUGUAAAUCUUUCAGAGGGCAAGAGAUAUCAAGGGAGGAAGAGAAAUUUCUGGAGAUCAUUCCAAUGCAAGAGGAGUUACCGUAG